GACUCGGACAGGCCCGGUCUAAAGCCCACUACCCAUUUUACACCAGUGGCGUGGGUUCAUCUUCGUAGCUCCGUCGCUCCGACGUCUUUCCAUCAUCAUCGUGUCUUCUCUCUCGCUCUCGCUCUCGCUCUCGCUCGCGCGCUCUCUCUCUGUUGGUAACUUGGUGCUGGUUUUAUCUGCUGUGAUUUCAUGAAAUUGGAGCUCAAUGGCAAGCUACUUAGGAAAAGAAGCCCCUUCAAAUGGAUCGAUCUAUGUUUGUGACUUGCCUCCUGGGACUGAUGAAAGUAUGUUAGCUGAAUAUUUUGGCACAAUUGGGUUGCUAAAGAAAGACAAACGAACAGGUCUACCAAAGAUAUGGUUAUACCGAGACAAGGUCACGAACGAGCCAAAGGGAGAUGCGACAGUGACAUAUGAAGAUCCACAUGCUGCAGUAGCUGCUGUUGAAUGGUUCAACAAUAAGGAUUUUCAUGGAACCACCAUUGGAGUUUUUAUAGCAGAGUCAAAAAGCAAAGACGAUCAGUUGUAUAACUCGGGGAACCAUGUUGGAGAUCCAAGCUUAGGUGCUGAUUUUGGUGGGCUGGAGGAAAGUUCAAAGGAGAUGAAUGGAAGUGGCGGAAGAGGUAGGGGUGAUGCUUCAGGGAAGGCAUGGCAACAAGAGGGAGACUGGAUGUGUCCGAAUACAAGUUGUUCCAAUGUAAACUUUGCAUUUCGUGGAGUGUGCAACCGUUGUGGAACUGCUCGACCAGCUGGUGCCUCUGGGAGUGGUGCAGGGGCUGGUGGUCGGGGGAGAGGCCGCAGUGGCCCUGAUUCUGGAGGCCAUGGCCGUCCAGGUGGUGGUCCUACAGGACUGUUUGGUCCAAAUGAUUGGCCUUGUCCAAUGUGUGGCAACAUCAACUGGGCAAAGCGCACAAAAUGCAACAUCUGCAACACCAACAAACCUGGUCACAAUGAGGGUGGUGUAAGAGGAGGACGUGGUGGUGGUUACAAAGAACUUGAUGAAGAGGAAAUAGAGGAAACUAGACGACGUCGACGGGAGGCUGAAGAGGAUGAUGGUGAAUUGUAUGAUGAGUUUGGCAAUCUGAAGAAGAAGUUUCGUGCAAAAACGCAGCAAGCUGAAGCUAAGCAGGUGCUUCCUGGUGCUGGGCGUGCAGGAUGGGAGGUUGAGGAACUAGGUAUGAGUGACAAAGAUGGAAGAGAAAGAAGCAGAGACAGAGGAAGAGAACAAGAUGAGAGGGAAAGCAGCAAGAACCGAGAACGAGAUGAUAGAGGAAGGCGCCGGAGCAGAAGUCGAGAGAGGGACAGGGGAAGAGAUAGAGACCGAGGUUAUGACUAUGAUCGAGGCAGAGAAUAUGGCAGGGACAGGGACCGUGAUCGGGACCGGAGUAGGUAUUAUUACUGAGGAUAGUACUAAAGAUUAUGAGAAUUUGGUGGUUGUACGAUGUUGGAUUUGCCUGAGUGGUUUCGUUUUGGGCGUAUGCUGGUGGGAAAGAUGACACCGUUUCGUUUUGGGCGUAUGCUGGUGGGAAAGAUGACACCGCCCCUGUUUAGCUUGAACUAAUCCUUACAUUGGAUUCUAGGUCUUUCUUUUCCUCUUGUACCCAUUUUUCUGGAGAACUUCGAUUGGUGCUAUCAUGUAAUGUUUCUUGUUAUUCGGGUGACACAGUAUUGGGAGAUCUAUGGUAUCCAGACCAGAACUUGGAAACGUAUCUGUUUGAAGUUAAUCUCCAUAAAUCUUCAAAUUAAGUUGAAUUUAGGGGCAUCGUUGUGAUUUCUAUAAUCACCUAACAUGGAAGGGCAACUGCCUAUCUGUUUUCAUUCGAGUGUUUUUUUUUCUUUUUCAAUAUAACUUUCACCUGAAUGCUGUUACAUGAGUGCUUUUGGAUUAUUAAAUCAACUUUGUUAAA